AUGGGAGCGUUUGCGCAGUUGGGCCGUCGGAUAAAGCCUACCCAAGAGAGAAAAUAUGCAGAAAUGUUUCUGGGUACAAAACCUGUUCAAUUUCAAGUGGAUUGUGGUGCAUCAAUAAACAUUUUACCGGAGAGUGUUCUGGGGAAGCAAGAGCUCUCUCCAACUACCAAAACACUUAUCAUGUGGAAUAAAACUGAAGUUAAACCAACAGGAACCAUAAGAGUUGCUAUAAGAAACCCAAAGUCAGGAAAAAAGUUUUCCCUUGGGUUCGUCGUAGUGCAAGAAAGUCUCACACCACUGAUUGGUGCAAGGGCAGCGCAACAAAUAAAGCUGAUUACAAUACAUAGGGAUAACUUUGUAGCAGUGACAGCACCUAAACGAGAUAAACCAAAGGUGAAUCAGCUAUUCACGGUAGAGGAGAUAGUUAAUCAAUACCCAGAGGUGUUUCACAGUCAGCUUGGAAAUCUACCUGGUACAGUAAAAUUAGAAGUAGAGAAAGAUGCUAGACCAGUCGUUGUACCAACUCGGCGUGUGCCGAUAGCAUUGAAAGAGCAAUUUAAAGGUGAAUUGGACAGACUCGAAGAGUUGGGAGUCAUCGCUAAAGUGGAUAAGCCAACACCGUGGGUGAGUAGUGUGGUAGUCGCUACAAAAAAGUCAGGUCAGUUGAGGGUGUGCAUUGAUCCGAAGCCAUUAAAUGCCGCGCUUAAGCGUGAGCAAUACCAUUUGCCAGUGUUGCAUGAUCUCCUUCCGGAGUUGGCCAAAGCCAAGAAGAGAGUGCAUCAAGUUCUGGAUGGUCUAGAUGGAAUUCUGGACAUCACCGACGAUAUUCUCAUUUAUGGAGUUGGAGCGACCGAAGAAGAUGCGAAUGUAGAUCAUGAUCGAAAGCUACGUCAUCUGCUAGAAAGAUGUGAGAAAAAUAGUGUUGCCCUCAACCCAGACAAGCUGAAGCUGCACCAAAAAGAGGUGACGUAUAUGGGACAUCUGUUUACCAACGGAGGCCUUAAGGUAGACCCAGGGAAGCUUGAAGCAGUGAAAGAAUUGCCUCGUCCAACCGAUAUUGAGUCCGUGCAGCGACUGAAUGGUUUCGUAAAUUACUUGGCUAAGUUUUUGCCAAGGUUGGCUGAUGUUAUGGAGCCAAUCUGCCGUCUGACCCGAAAAGGUGUACAAUGGAGAUGGAAGGAGGGGCAAGAGAAGGCGUUCCAGGAGCCAGAAGGGUUGCAACAAGGAAGACCAGUGGUGUAUAUUAGUCGUGCCCUCACGGAGACAGAGCAACAAUAUGCACAAAUCAAAAAAGAAAUGUUGGCGAUUGUGUUUUCACUUGAGAGAUUGAACCAGUACGUCUUCGGAAGACAUGUAAAGAUUCAAAGUGAUCACAAGCCAUUGGAGGCUAUCCUCCGAAAACCCCUGGCAAGUGCUCCGCAGCGUCUGCAGGGGAUGAUGAUGAGGCUGCAGAAGUAUGAUUUCGAAGUGAGGUAUCAGCAAGGAACAAGCAUGUACAUAGCUGAUAUGCUAUCGCGUGCUUUCCUGCCUACAACGGAACAUCCGUCUGGUGUUGAAUUCGAGUGUGUCAACAUGGCUAGCUUUUUGCCAAUUUCCAGUGAGAAAAUGAGGGACAUUCAAGCAGCGACCGAUGAAGACGAAUUGCUACAGCUACUUAAGAAAUCCAUAAUGGAAGAAUGGCCACAAGAGAAGAAGUACCUAGCAGCACAGAUCUUACCUUAUUUCAGUAUGCGGGAUGAGCUAAUGGUGCAAGAUGGGCUGUUAUUCAAAGGGCAGAGAGUGAUCAUACCGAGUAGGCUGCGUUGGGAUAUGAAGAAGAAAAUACAUGCGUCGCACCUGGGAACCGAGUUGUGUCUUCGUAGAGCGAGAGAGAGUGUGUACUGGCCAGGGAUGUCGGCGGAAAUUAAAGAGUUAGUGGCUUCUUGUGAAGUCUGUAGAACCUAUGAAACAGCACAGCAGAAGGAAACCUUGAUGCCUUAUGAAAUACAAUCACGUCCCUGGAAGCAAGUUGGCGUGGAUUUGUUCACGUUCGAUAAGAAGGAUUAUAUGAUAACUGUCGACUAUUUUAGUAACUUUUGGGAAAUUGACAGGCUGACCAGUACCAAAACGAGUAUGAUAAUUCUCAAGUUGAAGAAUCAUUUUGCAAGGUACGGCUGUCCAGAGAGAGUCAUAAGCGAUAAUGGCCCACAGUUUUCGGCAGAAGAAUUUGCAACGUUUGCCGACACAUGGAAUUUUGAGCAUCUCACAAGUAGCCCUGGUAAUAGCAAGGCAAACGGUAAAGCGGAGUCAGCGGUGAAGAUGGCAAAAUGGCUCAUUCGUAAAGCUGUUGAGGGGGGAGCUGACCCAUACCUGGCGAUUUUGGAUUAUCGCAACACACCCACUCAGGGUAUGGAGAGUAGUCCCGCACAACGCUUGCUUAACCGGAGAACUCGGACACUUCUUCCUACAGCAUCAAAGCUCCUGCAACCUAAGGUGAUGUGCCAGGAAAAAGAGUUUAGGGACAUGAAAAAACGGCAGGAGCAGCAGAUCAAGUAUUACAACCGCAAUGCAAAGGAUCUUCCCGAGUUGAGUCAUGGUGACGUGGUAAGGAUGAAACCAUUUAGAAUGGGUAUAAAGAAAUGGGAUAAAGCUGCCGUAACUGCCAGAUUAGACGAAAGAUCAUAUACGGUCAAAACGCCGGAAGGAAAUAGUUAUCGUAGAAACCGAAGUCAUUUGAAGAAAUCAGCGGAGAUGCCGAUAGUAGUAGAGGUGAGUUCGGAGGAUGAGUGGAGUCAAGCAAGUGAGGAGUCCACAGAGGAAGAAGAAACGCAAUCCACCACCACGUUGAAAGAGAAACCUACGAAAAGUUCAUCACCCGCAAAGUCCCCUCGCCCGGUAGCAGCGGAGCAAGACAGCCAACGACGAGCAGCUUGUCCAGUACGAAUAACAAGACCACAGCGCACCCGGAGAGCUCCAGAGUACUUAAAAGACUAUGUCCGUUAG